UAACCGUUAGGUCUCCGGGACAACAGCCGGACAUUUUUAAAUCCCACUCACCGUGUUGGUUCUCGGAAACUACCCAAAACGUGUCUUGUGGACAUCGAUCUUGUAAAGAGACAACACCAAGAUGCCAAGGGUACGGAACACGCAGUCAGGACGGACGGGAAGCCCGGCAAGGGGAGGUGGUCGGGGUGGUCGUCGGGGCGGUACGCCGGGCAGAGGAACCCCCGGCCGCGGGCCUACUGCGGGACCGUCCCGUGCCGGGCAGCAACAACAAGGAAGGAGCCCGAGCAGGAGAAAAAGAAGAUUUCGCCCAGGCACAAGAGCACUGAUGGAGAUCCGGAAAUAUCAGAAAUCUACGAAACUUCUGAUCAGAAAGUUGCCCUUUGCAAGAGUGGUGCGAGAAGUGUGUCGUGAUGUUGGAGGAAUGGAUUUCAGAUGGCAGGCCUUUGCCAUCAUGGCUCUACAAGAGGCAGCUGAAUCAUUCCUGGUUGGAUUGAUGGAGGAUGCUAACCUUGUUGCCCUCCACGCCAAGAGGGUCACCCUCAUGCCCAGGGACGUCCAGCUGGCCAGGAGGAUUCGGGGGCCAGAGAAGGGUUUUGCUAGCUUGUAAGGUGUACAGUAUAUUGGGGUGGGGGUUGACUUGUGGGUGGGGGUUGUGGGCUUAUAUACUUGCAAUGUAGAAUAAGUUCAUGAGUUUCUUACAUGUCUACAUCUGUGUAGCUUUUAUUUUUACUAACCUCGUAGAUAGAACCAAUGUUUACUGUGCAUUCGUAUGUCAUGUAUGUAUGUUGUUAACACAGCCCAUGAAGUGAAUCACACUUUUUGACGAAAGAGAGACUUGUCGGAGGGGGCUGUGCAUAUAUAUCACUAACCCAUCCUUAGAUUCUUACUAUAUUGGGGGCAGAUUGGGGGUCUGGUCACUCAACAGCUAUCAGCUAACAAUGUGCCUCUGUUUAGGAAAACCCAUGAGUUUCACUGCUUACCUUGAUGGAGUAAUGUAAUUUACAAUUUGCUUGGUAUUGAAGUACAAUGUAACUUCUGUUGAAGAGAUGUGCAAAAGUAACAUUCAACGUUUGUAUUUUAGGAAUUUGUGCACAAAACAAUUGUGAUGUUUAAUGAAGUUUGGAAACGUAACAGGACAUGCAUUUCUUCUCUUUGCAAUAGAAUUUCCUAGUGUUAGUGCAUUUUCAAACUUCUAUGGCAGACUUUAUGGCUGUGCUUAGUCAGUGAAGACCAAUUCUAGGUAUUAACUGUGGCAAGUUACAAAUUGAUGUAUUAGUAUGGUCCCCAUUCCACAGUCCUACACGAAAGCAUUGAUUCCUUAUCCUAUAGAGACAGUUACAAAACACAUGUAUAUUAUACUAAGUAGUUUUAUUGCUAGUUUUAGUUGAUUCGUGUUCUUGUUGUCUACUUACACUUUUAAGUCUAAGUCCAUCAGUUUCCUCCAACCCCUGUUAUUAAUUGAAAAACUUGUUAUUUUUAAAAGAAUCAGUAUUGGCCAUUUGUCUUAUGACCU